AGUCUGUUUAUGUAUGACAGAAGAGGGCUUCUGGCAUAUACUGAUCCACUGAGUGAAACAGCAAGUCAGAUUCAGGGGCUGUAACAAACUCUCCUAGCAUAGCACUAAGCCUACUCUUUAUAAGGAACACUCCAGGUAUGCAGUGAAGUGGCACCUUUGCUAGGACACUGCAUGAUCAUUUGGAGAGAUCUUGAACCCACAAAAUGAAACCUACUUGGGCAUUACAUGUUUUUGCAUUCUCAGUAUUUAUACACUUAGUAAAAGGACAAGUAAGUGAAGAAGAUGCUCAAGCAGGUUGCAGAACUGCGGUGAAUGAUUUAGUGUUCAUUGUGGAUGGCUCCUGGAGUGUAGGGUAUGUCGAUUUUGACACAGCAAAGAACUGGUUGAUAAACAUCACAAGCAGCUUUGACAUAGGACCUUCCUACACUCAGGUGGCUGUGGUUCAAUACAGUGAUUCCCCAAGGCUAGAAUUUCCACUUGGACAACAUCGGACAAACCAGCAACUUAUCAAUGCUUUGAAAAGUAUGAAAUAUCUGGGAGGCAAUACCCAGACGGGUCGAGCAAUUCAAUUUGCCACUGAAAAUGUGUUUCCCUCUUCUCAAAGGCCUAACCUUACCAAGAACAGGAUUGCAAUUGUGGUCACAGAUGGCAAGUCCCAAGAUGAUGUGGUGGAGACUGCUGCACAAGCCAGGGCACAAAACAUCAUUAUGUUUGCGGUGGGAGUUGGUUCUGAAAUAACCAAGUCUGAGCUUGUGGCAAUUGCCAAUAGUCCUUCCACAGAUUAUGUGCUGUAUGCAGAGGACUACACCACGAUAGAUAGGAUUAAGGAGACAAUGCAACAAAAGAUAUGUGAAGAAUCUGUGUGCCCUACUCGAAUACCUGUGGCAUCACGUGAUGAGAAGGGAUUUGAGCUGCUUGUGGGGAUGAACAUUCAUAAAAAAGGUCAGAUGAUAACCGGGUCUUUGGUGUCGGAAAAAGCCUAUCUUCUUACACCUUCUGUAGAUGUGACUGAAAACACCAGAGAAAUAUUUCCAGAAGGUCUGCCUCCCUCCUAUGUGUUUGUGGCUACCAUACGUUUACAGUCUCCUGAAAAUCAGGACAUCGUUGAUCUGUGGAGAAUACUUUCUAAAGCAGGAGAGGUCCAGGUAGCAGUCACUCUAGAUGGCACUGACAACUCAGUCAUUUUUACUGUCACACAACUGAAUGCAAAUUCCCAAGUGAUUAAGUUUAAAGAUCCAAAAUUAAAGGUCUUAUUUGACGAAAAAUGGCAUCAGCUGAAAAUCCUUGUAAAAAAUAAAAGUGCAAAUCUAUUUCUGGAUGACACUCUCAUUGAGAAUCGAGUACUGGAGGAAAUUGGACCAAUAUUUAUCAAUGGCAAAACACAAGUUUUAAAGAGACAGACAUCUGACGAAUCUCUUACUAUGGAGAUACAAAAAUUAAGAUUGUACUGUGAUCCAGAGCAGAGUGAACGAGAGACAGCCUGUGAAAUCUACACUGUGAAUGAUCCAAGGUGUCCCCUUGAGCGGGUACCGUCCCUUUCUUGCCAAUGUCCUGAAGGUCAGCCUGGGUCCCCUGGAGUACCAGGACCAGAAGGCAGUGAAGGACGUAUAGGAGAGCGAGGUACCCCCGGAGCUGAUGGGAAACCUGGACUGCCAGGACCUCCAGGACCACCUGGAAUACCAGGCACUUCAGGACAAAAGGGACCACAAGGACUGCCUGGGCUUCAAGGUGAUUCGGGCCUCCCUGGAAUUCAGGGCCUGCCUGGAAUAAAUGGUGUCCCUGGACCAAUAGGACCUAAGGGUUCAAUUGGGCCAACUGGUCAAGCAGGAAACCCUGGCAUUCCUGGAAAGAAGGGCAGUAAAGGUGAAAGAGGACUAGUUGGGACUCCAGGACAUCACGGUCCACCAGGUGAAUCAGGGCUACCUGGAAGAAACGGAAAUCCUGGGCCUGCUGGAGCAAAGGGAGAUAAAGGUUCGUUGGGUCAGCCUGGAAUAGAUGGACCUCCAGGCAUACCGGGUUUUCGUGGUGCCCCUGGUCUCCCUGGCACAGUGGGAUCAAAGGGAGAAAGAGGAAUGCCUGGACCUAAAGGAGUUGUAGGGCCGCCUGGCCUCAAGGGUGACAAUGGAGCAAAUGGACUACCGGGAGCAGAAGGACAUCAAGGGCCAAAGGGUAUACAAGGUGAUUCAGGGCCUCCAGGACCAUCAGGACUUUCUGGACUGAAAGGUCAAAUGGGACACCCAGGAUUGCCUGGUUUGGAAGGUUCUAUGGGAAUUCAAGGCCCAAAGGGGCACAAGGGUGACACUGGAGAUGAUGGAAUUAAAGGAACUCAGGGGGAAAAAGGUGAGGCAGGACAACCUGGAAACCCAGGAAUAAGGGGUCAAGAAGGCAGCAAAGGAGCAAAAGGAGAGAAAGGUGAACUUGGAGACAUAGGUGUAAAAGGACCAGAGGGUAAGAAGGGAGAACAUGGCAUACUCGGACUACCAGGGCCUCGUGGCUUUCCAGGUGACAGCGGUCCACAGGGAAGGUCUGGAAUACCUGGUACCCCAGGAAAACCGGGAAAAUCAAUAACAGAUGACCACAUUAUGAAGCUGUGUAGCAAUGUCCUGCGUGCCCAGUUUCCAUCUUUGCUUCAGAAUAUGAAUCCAAGCUGUCCACCAUGUGAAGGAAAACAAGGCUCACCAGGACUACCAGGCACCCAAGGCCGACCUGGUGAAAGAGGACCUCAAGGGUACCCAGGAAGAGGAGGCAGAUCUGGAUAUCCAGGGAUCCAAGGGUUACCAGGACCACAAGGGUUAAAAGGGGAUACAGGAUCCAAAGGAGAUAAAGGUUCUAAAGGAGAGCGUGGCAUAGGACAGCCUGGCCCACCUGGGCCUGCAGGUUCCCCUGGAAUGAAUGGUGUAAACGGAGAAGGCAUCGUAGGUCCUCCUGGAAAUCCAGGAAAAAAUGGGGUACCCGGGACCCUGGGAAAAAGAGGCUUUCCUGGGCCUGCUGGAGUAUGCGACCUUUCUUCCUGUCUAUCUGCAUAUGGAGCAAGGGAUGACCCAUUUAGAAAAGGACCUAAUUUUUGAAGCAAGAAGUGCUUGCUAAUUUGUAGGCCUAAAUCCUGAUUAUGAUCUCAGGAAAAUUGCAAUGUACAGCAGAUGCAUGUACAGCAGAUGUUUUUGCACUGAAAUCUGCAGUUUCUCUUAUUCGGAGUAGCAGAGGCAAAAAAAUAAAAUAAAAAAUGUUCUCUUUAUAGUGUAAGGCUGACUGUAGUUUGAUGUUUGUAUUAUUUAAUUCUAAAGAAGAAAUAUUUGUUAUACCAUUUGUUUCCUAUUUUAUUCCUUAAGAAUCUGACAUGCCCUGGAAUUAGGGCAUCAUUACUGCCGCUACUGUGCCAUAGCUACAGAAUAAAGGUUUAACAAUUA